AAUGAGCGCCAUGGGGGAGCGGGGGCCCGGCGCGCGGCCGGGCUCAGUCUCGCGCCGCGGAGCGCGCGCGCGUCCCCCCCCCUCCCCUUUUCCCCUCUUUCCCUUUUCCCUUUUCCCGCCUCCUUCCCUCAUCUCCCCCCCCUUUCAUCCCAUGGACAUGGCACGGCCACCUUAAAAACGCCGCGCCGCCCCCUCCUCCCCCGAUCGCCGGGGCCGCUAUGAGUCAGGUGUGAAGCCCCCGCUGGGAGGAGGUCGUUCCCCUCGCUGGCUGCAGCCCUGACGCUGGGAUUUUCCUUUUUUUGGCUUUUUUCUUUUUUUUUUUUUUUUUUUUUUUUUUCGGCCCCACCACCUCCCUCCCUCCCUCCCUCGCUCCCUCCCUCCAGGAAUCCAGCGCUGCACCGAAGCCAGAAGAGAGGGAGCAAAACCCAGCCCAGGCCGAGAGCCGCGUCCAGAAACCAAACCCGCCCUUCGCGUCGCAGAGGAGAUUUUUUUUUUUUUUUUUAAAUCAUUAUUAUUAUUAUUUUUAUUUUUAACACCCCUGACCCGAGCACGGUGGCGGCAGCGGCGCCGGGGCAGGGAGGCUGUCCCGGUUAUUUAUUCUCUCCCCGCAGAGCUGUCCCUCCGGCUCACCAUGAUGUUCCGAGACCAGGUUGGCGUGUUGGCCGGGUGGUUCAAGGGCUGGAACGAGUGCGAGCAGACUGUUGCGCUGCUCUCCCUGCUCAAACGCGUCAGCCGGACCCAGGCUCGCUUCCUCCAGCUCUGCCUCGAGCAUUCCCUGGCAGACUGCACCGAGCUCCACAUCCUCGAAGGGGAGGCCAACAACCCCGGAAUCAUUAACCAGUGGCAACAGGAAUCCAAGGAUAAAGUGAUCUCCCUCCUGCUCACCCACCUGCCUUUGCUGAAGCCGGGCAACAUGGAGGCGAAAGUCGAGUACAUGAAACUGCUGCCCAAGAUCCUGGCGCACUCCAUCGAGCACAACCAGCACAUCGAGGAGAGCAGGCAGCUGCUGUCCUACGCCCUGAUCCACCCUGCCACCUCCCUGGAGGACAGGAGCGCCCUGGCCAUGUGGCUGAACCACCUGGAGGACCGCACCUCGGGCUUCGGGCAGGGCCGGGGCCGCUCGGACUCGCUGGACUACGCGCAGCCCCACUACUAUCACCAAAGACAGAACUCGGACGACAAGCUCAACAACGGGUGGCAGAGCUCCUCCCGGGACUCGGGCAUCAGCGUCAGCGCCUGCAGCUGGCAGGACAAGGGCCUGGCCUGUGAGAACGGCCACCUGCCCCUCUACUCCUCCUCCUCCGUCCCCACCACCAUCAACACCAUCGGCACUAGCACAAGCACCAUUCUCUCAGGCCAGACACACCACAGCCCUUUGAAACGCUCUGUGUCCCUUACCCCACCCAUGAAUGUGCCAAACCAGCCUCUAGGACAUGGAUGGAUGUCUCAUGAGGACUUACGAGCUAGAGGACCCCAGUGCAUCCCUUCUGACCAUGCCCCCCUGUCUCCACAAAGCAGUGUAGCCUCUUCAGGAAGUGGUGGGAGUGAACAUUUAGAAGAUCAGCCUUCUGCUCGUAACACAUUCCAGGAGGAAGGGAGUGGGAUGAAAGAUGUCCCAGCCUGGCUGAAGAGCCUCCGGCUGCACAAGUACGCCGCCCUCUUCUCCCAGAUGACGUACGAGGAGAUGAUGGCCCUCACUGAAUGCCAGCUCGAGGCACAAAAUGUUACCAAAGGUGCAAGACACAAAAUAGUCAUCAGUAUCCAAAAGCUAAAAGAAAGACAAAACCUGCUCAAAUCUCUAGAAGGGGACAUCCUGGAAGGCGGCAACUUGCGCGUCCCGCUGCAGGAGCUGCACCAAAUGAUCCUGACGCCCAUCAAAGCCUACAGCUCGGCGAGCUGCAGCCCGGAGGAGGCGGGCCGGGCCGGGGACUCGCAGCACGCCUCCUCCCUGCUGGGCUCGGCCGGCCAGAGCUCGGGCUGCAAGGAGCCCGCGGCGGCCGGGCUGCAGCAGCACCUGCCGGGCUGCGAGGGCGAGUCCGGGGGCGCCCCCCUGCCCGAGGGGGACCUGCCCGGCCAGUUCACCCGCGUGAUGGGCAAAGUCUGCACACAACUUUUAGUUUCCCGACCCGAUGAAGAGAAUAUAAGUUCCUAUUUACAGCUCAUAGACAAAUGUCUAAUCCACGAGGCGUUUACAGAGAUCCAGAAGAAGCGGCUGCUGUCAUGGAAACAGCAGGUGCAGAAACUCUUUCGGUCUUUCCCUCGGAAAUCCCUCCUGGAGCUGUCAGGCUACCGGCAGCAGAGGAGCCGAGGCUUUGGCCAGUCCAACUCGCUCCCCACCGCCGGCUCCGCGGGGGCAGGGCUGGCCCGGAGGAACCCCCGCCAGUUCCAGAUCCCCUCCCGAAACCUCCCCACGGCCAGGCUGGGGCUGCUGGGCCCCACGGGGCUGCUGGGCACCCCCCAGCGCAGCCCUGCUGCCAGCCCUGCCAUCCUCAAGCAGGGCAGACAGAACCUGUGGUUUGCCAACCCUGGGGGCAGUAACAGCAUGCCCAGCCGGAGCCACAGCUCGGUGCAGAGGACGCGCUCGCUGCCGGUCCACACGUCCCCGCAGACCAUGCUGAUGUUCCAGCAGCCAGAGUUCCAGGUGCCGGUGACUGAACCUGACAUCAACAACAGGCUGGAGUCCCUGUGCCUGAGCAUGACGGAGCACGCGCUCAGCGAUGGUGUGGACAGAACCUCCACGAUCUAGAAGGCGUCGCCACGGGGACAACAACAACUGCUGCGGGUCCAGCGGCGAGGUCGGGGCUUGGGGGAGCCUCAGCGAUAGCUUGCAUCCUUUCUCCUCUCUCCUCUCCUCUCUCUCUCUCUCUCUCUCCUGUUUUAAUUUUGUGAAUGUGUAGAUUGUCCUUGUGAACAUAUCAUUAGACUUGGAAUUUGUGUUGUCAUUUAUUACAUCCAUGCUAAAAGGGGGGGAUGGGGAAAGAUGGCAAAAAGCAAAAAAAAAAAUCUCAGCGACGAUGAUGAAGCAGCAUGGGGAGGUUGGGGGGACAUGGAGGAGGAGAGUGCUGACAACACAGGGUUCACCAGAGCACCGUGGCAAAGCCUGUUCCUGGAGGAGGAUACCAAGGAGCACGGAGCACCACGUGGGGCUGUGUGACCAAAAACCCUCUGGGGAGGAUUUGCCUGCCCUGCCAGGAGCUUCGGGCACAGACUGACCCGGCGAGCCCAGACUGAAACAGAAAUAAUAAAACAACCCCAAAAUUCCCUUUCAGUUUAGCCAAGAGAUCUGCAGUGUGGAGGCAGCGUUGUGCUCAGGGCAGUGGAGGGUCAGUCCCAUCCCUGUGCCCCCCUAGGACCAGGAAUCGGGAUGGAGCGGGGGCAUCUCACCCAGAGGAGGGUCCAGGGGGAAUCUGCAAAUUCAGGGACACUGGGAGAGUUUCAGUGUCUCUUGCCUUGCCUGUGCAGGUGCUGGGAAGCUGCUGCAUCCUGGCUCCACACAUCUGGCCCAGCCUGCCCAAAUCCAGCUGUUGGAGCUUUUCCAGCACAGCCAAAGAGGGAUGAAGGAAACCCCAAAUAAAGCCCAAGCUACAAAGGGCACCAAAAUGCAGCUUCACAGCCUUGUUUCCUUGGCAUUAACCUGUGCCAGCAGGAGAUGGGGAUGGCUGUGGCUGGGCUGCCCCUCACCUGCCACUGCUUUUUGUAACAGGAGCUGAAUUUGGUGUUAAAUUGGUGAGUCUCAGAUCUGCAGUGAUGCUCCCGCCCGUCCUGAUGCUGCCCCGAGUCCUUUGAUGGUCUAAUAACAAAUGUAAAAUUAAUUAAUUGAGCUGAUGGGUUGCAGCAAUAUUUCCAAAAUGGGCUGUGAGGACAUGGGCAGGAUCAGAGGGAGCAGGGCUCAGGGGGAGCCCGAGCAUGGGCAGGGCUGGGACAUGUGUGAAUCCUUUUGUCAUGCAGCGUUUUUAAGUUGUUUUUCUAAAGAAAAAAAAAAAUAUAUAUAUAUAUAUAAUUAUAUAUAUAUAUACACAUACACGAAAACCCAAGUGCCAAAUGCAAUGUUUUAUGUUUGCUGUUCCUUGGUGUCCUGCUUCCCAGCAGACAGGAGGUUGAGGGGGGUGAUGGGGAGGGUGGAGAAGGGAAAAGCUGAAGGCCAGGGAGGUUGGGAAGAGGUGUGAGGAGGUGAAGGCAAAUCGGGGUCAGCGCUGGGGACCUGGGUCACCCCGAGCACCCCCAGCUUGUGAGGUGUGAGCAGAACCACCGUAGCAGGAGCCUCCCUCAGGGAGACUCCAGUGUAUUUACAGAGCUGAAAUUCUAUUUAUUCCUUCGCUGACUAUGGGCACGGAGGUUUUCUGAUUGUUCAGAGAGAUUAUUUUGGAUAUUUUACCUAUUAACUUGCUAUGGCUGGGAACCAUGAUAAUGUCUGUUAUUAACAAUCACCAAAUAAUUCAAUUGUUUUAUCCUUUCGAUGUUUAAAAAAAAAAAGCUUAUUUUCCAUUGACAGUGUAGAGGUUAAUAACGACUUAGUUGUGUUUGCUGUUUCUUGUUUUGGUUUUUUUUUUUUUGAGUAAAAACAACAAAAAAGUGGCUUCAGUUGCGUUCGGGAAGUGCUGCCUGGCUCUGGCUGCCGGUGCUAAGUGCGGGCGGCAGAGCUCCAGGGAAAGAGGCUUAAAAGGGAAAGAAAAAAAAAAAAAAAAAAAAAAAAAAAGCUUGAAUCCUAAAAGAAAUAAAAAUUAUUUAUAGAAAGAAAAAAAAAAAAAAAAAAAAAAAAACCAACAGUUGCAUGAGCGAGGCUGUGAAGUCAAAUAUUCAGUAAUAAAGCGGCAGUGCCUUUCUUUUUGUAUCCCCGCUCGCCCCAGUGACGCUGUCCUGUCCUGUCGGGAUGUCCCCUCGCUGUCCCGUCUGGGAUGAUGUCCCCUCCCUGUCCUGUCGGGAUGUCCCCCUGCUGUCCUGUCGGGAUUUCUCCUCGCUGUCCAGUCGGGAUGAGUCCUGUCGGGAUGUCCCCUCUCUGUCCUGUCGGGAUGUCCCUCGCUGUCGUGCCGGGAUGAGUCCUGUCGGGAUGUCCCCUCGCUGUCCAGUCGGGAUGUCCCCUCGCUGUCCCGUCGGGAUGUUCCCUGGCUGUCCCGUCGGGAUGUCGCCGCUGUCCUGGCUGUCGGGCGGGCGAGUUCCCCGCUCGGGCUGCUCGCCCAGCUCCAGUUCGGGCUCCCCCAGCGCUGUCGGGGAUUUUUUCCCGGUGCUGUUGUCCCCCGGCCCGGGGAGCCCGGCACACCCACCAUGCGACACCCACGGCGACACAACCCUGUCCCUUGUGUCAUCCCCACCCCAGGGACAAGCCCCGAGCUCGGCUGGGCUGGGCUCAGCUCGGCAAAACCCCCCGAGGGGUUCAGCGGGGAAAUCGGGCAGCACCCGGCAGGAAAACCCCUGGGUCAGCGCUUCGGGAAAGGAUUUUUGUUGUCACCUUUUCUCCAUGUCGGGUUUGGCUUUCGGAAUGUGCCUGGUGGAAAGUGGGUCCCGCAGACGUCUAUAAUUUGCACACAGCGACGAUAACACUAAAGUUGAUUUUAUACGAGUCAUCAGAGUUUGCAAAAGUGAGUUUUAUUUUUUGUAUUCCUUUAUCUUUACUUAAAGGUGAAUGUGUAUUCCUCUGGGAGGAAUAGGAAGAAAAAAAAAAAAAAAACAAAGAAAAAUACAUUAAAAAAAACAGGAAUGUUAAUAAUGUUAAACAGAAUACUUCCUCCCUUAUUAAUAUAUAUAACCCUGAUGUAUUUAUGCCUAUUGUAAGCUGACUUUAAAGAGCUUUGACCUCUCUUCUGUUGCAUGCCGUUCCCGGGCAGCCUCUCCUUGUCCAUGCAUGCCUUUUGUCCUGGUUUUUCUGUACAAAUUUAGUGCACAAAAGAACUAUUUUUGCCUAGUUAAUGUUGCCGAGCAAUGCCUAUUUUUUAAAUUUUAAUUUUUUUUUUUGGUCAUAUAUGGCAAUAGCAUGUUUGUUACAUGUAAAAGCUUCCUGAUAUAAAGAAAUACUAAUGUUUGGAGAUGCCAGUCUUUGCAAGUGUACAGUUUUCCAAUGUUGUUCCCAGUGAAACACCCUCGUGAUUUCCACUUGCUCCGAUGUAUUUAUUGCUCAUUUCCUCCCGUGUAACUAGGAACCAUGGCUAUAUUUCAUAUCUGCUAUAUUGAAAGUGAAGGGAGAUGAUUAAUACAAGGUUUUGUAACA